GAGUAGUGUUGUCUACUGGCGCUUUUUUCUAUUUUUGUUGUCAUUAAACAAAAUCAUCUGUCACGCAAAAAAAAACACAAAACUCCGCUGUGAACUACAAUCAUUUUCCAAAACAACAUUUUAUCGUGCCCGUACUGUGAAUAUUAUCAUAAGGCAUCGCUUAUUCUUGAACAGAACAUUUGUUUUAUGUGUAUCGCAUCAUUUGUGGCUGAGUCGUAAAGAUAUUUACAUUGUGUAUGAGCCGAUUGUAACGAAAGACAAAAAAUAUAUUUAAAAAAGAUGGAACGCUCUUACACGGUUUCUAUUAAGGUUUUGAGUGAAAACGAACCACUUAAUUUUCGUAUCAGUGUUGAUCAGAACAAUUUUGAUGAUUUCAUGACGAAAAUUAAAAAUAAAGUAUCGCUGUUGACAAAUGAAAAUUUCCGUAUUUAUUAUACAGGUAAAAAUGGCCGAAAAUACUGCAUACUGGAUCGGGAUGACUUUCAACAAUUUGUCAACGAAAAAGUUGAGGAUGUUCUCGUCGAAGAAAUUGGACGGCCAGCUCUGCCAGCUCUGCCAGCUCAGCCAACUCCACCAGCUAAAAUGUCGUGUCGAGAAUUUGUCUACCGCGCGAUAGGUCUGUUUUUGACGUAUGCUUUUUGCUGGCUGUGUAUUCAUUUUUGUUAUAACUGCACCACACCAGCCGAUUAUAUUGAUUUUUUCAAUAGACACGUUCAAUUCAUUGUAUUCAAUCUCGGAUUUUUAAUGUUCUUAAAUGAUAUCUGGAAAAAAAUCAAAAAUACUUAUUUCGAAUUCAUUCGGUCGUUACCAUUUGGAAAUUCUUAAAUUUCGAGCAAUUUUUACAAAGUGCAAUCCAUACACCAUUCAAUCAUCACCAUUGCCACUUUGAAAAUUUUGCGUCUAAUUGAUUUUUUUUUAAUUUAAUCAAUCGUUUGUAAAUUCGGUAUUCAUUGAUGUAGUCCGAAAUUCAAUUUAUUCACAAUCAUAUGGUAAUGGUGCAGUCCUGUUUACAUUUGAAUUUAAUUAAAAAAGUAAAUUGAACUUCAAUCUUCUUCAUGUGAAGAAUUCUUCAAUCAUCUUCAUGUAAUGGCAACGACCAAUCAUUAUUUAAAAUUUCGUCAAAUGCUCAAAUAUUGUGAAAAAUCAAAAGAUUUAAUUACAUUUCAAUUGCAAUUUUA